AUGAUCAACCAUAUUGUAUUCCUUUGUUUGAUAGGCUUGUUGCUAUUUUCACAAGGUUCUGAUGCUUUUCAGUCCACACCCAAAAAUGGGUUACUCGAAAGAGCAGCUGAUUCCAAUCAACAAAGAAGCACUUCUCUGAACAGCAGCAACAACAACAACAACAAGAUGGAAGAUUCCGGUAGCGCUGUAGAGGAAUACAAAAACGCUGCCACCCAAAUCUUGUCCAACUUCAUGGAAAAGCCAUCUGAUAAUGGCGUAUCAGUCCCCAAUCCGAUUGAUUCUAUUGAUUUUGAUGCACCCAAGUUUCCCAAGGUCGAUUUGGAUACCUUGGCCCAAGCAUUGGACUACGAACUUUACAACAAGGAAUGGUUUGUCACUGGCAAUGUCAAUCCUAUUUACUUCUCGGAAGACUUUGAGUUCCAAGAUCCAGAUGUCAAGCUAAGCGGAAUCGAAGACUACGCUAGAGGUGUCUAUAAGUUGUUUGAUCAGGAAACGGCAAGAGCUGAGAUUAUUUCGACAGUCCGAAACGAUGCGAUGCCCAACACGAUUACGUGUACGUGGCGAUUGUCUGGAAAAGUCAGCAUCGGACCUGGCUUGACCAUCAAACCAUAUAUUUGCUACACCGACUUUACAGUAGAUGAAGAGACUGGACUCAUUGUGCAGCAAGAGGAUCGAUUUGAUAUUCCAGGUUACGAUAUUCUGCUGAGUGCAACAUUGGGACAACUGUUUCCUCCCUUGAUUGGCACCCUUCUGGCAGCACCAGCUCCACCGGUUGAGCCACGGCAGCCAAGAAUGCCAAGCAUCAAGCGAGCUUUGCCCAGUAUAGGCGAGAAUCCCAUUGCCAAAUGGAUCGGGAGCUUUGCAAAACAAUAG